UUGACGAACAGUUUUAUGGAUGAAGAUGAGGAGCCCAUAAUUGUCUGUUUCAUCUGUCAUGCAAGACUUAUUCGAUGUAGAACAUUACAACAACAGGCUAUUGAGUCAAAUGCAGUUCUGGAGCAGUUGCUUGCAGGAGGGUCCAUGUCAAUACCAAAACCGCAUGAGGUUAGAAAUGUGAUUCAAUUCACACAAAUUAAUCAUAUAGAUAUCUGGCCAGUAGAAUGUGAUAUAGAAAAUGAUCGAAAGGAUGACAUUUUUUGCCUUGAAUCUGUUAAAGUUGAGGAAGAGAAAAUCGAAAAUGAGAAUUUCAAAUUUGAAAUAAACUGGAUUCAUGAAAUAGAUACCGCUGAAAAACAAGAAGACUUAGAGAUUGAUGCUUUUGAAGAUCGACAUAAGAAUUCAGAGAAUGACUUGCCACUUAUUACAUAUGGUUCAAGGGGUAUAACAGAUGACUUUGACAUAGAACUACGCUGUAUACAAACAAAUAAUUUUUCAAAACCGUGUGAGAAAAAGAUUAAAUCAAAUUCUACUGAUUGUAACAUAAUUGAUAAUGCAAUAUUAGAAAACGAAACUGAAGUCUCAACAAAUGCACAUGAUCCACAGCCAUCGUCAGUCUCAAUAAAUAACUCACAAGAGCCUACAACCAGUACUGCACAAAAUAUUGAAGAUUCGCAGUCAGCGCCAAUUCAGAUAGCUCCAACAUUAAAAGGCAAGGGAAAAGGAAAGACAUCCAAAAAUAAGAAUUUACACAUUCUUGCUUCGGAUGUUAAUGAAGUACGCAAAGUGCACGAUAGUUUACGCAGUAGUAACGACAUAAUUACAACUCCCGUUGGAGCUCAAAGCGCCAACAGUGCGUUUGGCCCAUAUGUCGCUUUAAUGUUGGACAAAAUGUCAUUCGAACAAUCUUUACUGGCACAAAGUGAAAUACAAGCAAUUUUGGUCCGGUUUUUAAUACCGCCUUCGACUUCAAACACAUCUAACGCAAGUACACCCUCAGUUAUGACUCCCCAACCGCAACGCGAACAGCAUAAUGUUUACGUACCGGAAACCCAAGAUGCUUCUCAGUUAGUCUUGCAGAAUGAUGUAGUUUAUAUACAAGAAACUCAAGAUCCUUCUCAAUCAAUCUUGCAAACUGAUGACAAUGUUGAGACUCAAGAUGUUUCACAAUUUUACUUACAAAGUGAAGUUGAUGAUCAAGAAACCCAAGAAGCAACUCAAUCCAACCCAAUCUUAUCCCAAGCUUGGAAUUCUAAAAAUAUUUAG